ACGUCUGCCUGCGGAGUUACGGCACAGAACGCAGCACGUGCCCCCGUUUGUAACUCUAAACGCGGUAGUGCCUCAUUUAUGCAGGAACAGGCUCUUUGCCAAUCAACGCAAUGCAAAAAAAUCAUUCCUCCUUCUGGAGCCCGGAAUGAUGUCGUGCAAGUAUAUGCCUUAAAGCUGCAAAAAAGGGCAACGACGUGACAGUUCGUCCGUGCGGGUUUUCGAUUGCGGAGCGCCAGAUGGCGGGACAGAGAGAAGGUUGGGCGACCGCCCGGCCCCGAGUGUGCGCACAAAAAAGAAAGGGGCGACGAAAGAAAAGUACUCCUGCGUGUGUGUGUGUGUGUGUGUGUGUGUGUGUGUGUGUGUGUGCGAGUGCCUGUGUCUUUCCGUGAAUGGGGCUUCAAUGACCAGGAACAGAGGGAACACCAUGUCCAAUGGGUUUGACGGGGCUUUUGCUGCUUGGAUUUUGCUUUUGAAUUUAGGACCUUCGAUUGGAUUUGUUGGAUGAGCAAAACUCGCCACUCCAGCCAAACACAGAGCGAAACGGCUGACCGAAAGAAGCUGGCCGCGCCUAUCCCCGUUCCGAUACUGCCCAGCCCACAGGGAACGGAGCAGGAAGUUAGGCAACAAGGGAAAAUUAUCUUCCCUCCGGCUCCGCCGCGAAUCUCUUAUCCGGACGACGACGCGCGGCAGGCGACAGCGAAAGUCAUACCGUGUCGCGUGUGUGUGUGUGUGAUUGUGCGUGUAUGUGAGCUAUCAUUCCGCAUGGAAUGUGUGUGUGUGUGCUAUACUUUUUCCUCUUCUUCUUCUUCUGCUGAUACGACACAAAUGCGGCGUUGUGUGACACGACCACGUCCUCGUCGUCGUCGCUAAUUCUCUUGGCGGCUUCCCUUCGCGCUCCCCCCCUUUAAAACGCGCUUGAUUCCGCUUGAAGCUUCAAAUGCCUGAUGCAAUUUAAGGGCACCGUCCAACCCAGUCAGUCUUCGGUGCUGGCGUACCAAUUGACCUCCCCUCCCCUCCCUCGCCCUCCUUAUAAAUAGCCACGGCGGUACACAUGCGCACACACUGCCGUGCACGUGCUUUUCCGCGGUUUGACAGCUCGCAGCGUGCCUGUGCCAGGAGAAAAACGGAAACGGUGUAAAUUGAUUAAUCUACAUGUGGCACCGGGGCAGAAGUGCACAGAAGAAUUUGAAGAAGAGGAGCGAGAGAGAGAGAGGUGCGAGCGUGUGCCCCUGGUCACGAGUAAUAAAGCCCCCCAAGUCGUCCCUGGAGAAGGGACAUGUUGUCGCCUGAUUUGUUGCCCCUGUAAGAGGGGGGUGGGUCCACACAAUCACAGGGAAGACCUCUUUCACUUGGACACAUACUCUCUCCUUCGCUCUCAUUCACUCACUCAGUUUGAGGCAGCUUUCUCGCGGGUCGGGUCCAUUGCAGCGUCGUCUAAAUCAAAGGAGGGCGGCAGUUGCAAGGGCAGCAUUUGUUUACAUGUCGAUGCACUUACGUCCCGUACAUCCCUGUUGAUGCAGCGGAGCGGACUAUACUGCUGGUGGUGAUGGUGGUGCGAGGUGUUCAAGCAAUGUUGAUUGAAAUCUUCCGCUUUUUCGCUGUUCCAAGCGGGCCCACACCCUGACACUUGUGGCGUAACGGGGGAAUUACCCUCUCUCCCCCUCAUUCCAAGGGAAUUCUUUACCGCAGGUCAGUGUUUCCCAAGUUUUGUGUCCCGCCGAGUGUGUGUGAGUGUGUCCCGAGUGCGGAACAACAACAAACCCCGUGCUUGAUGUGGUUCGAAUCCAGAUUCACAGGCCUUUUUCACCGUGAAGAAAUAGUGGUUGUGUGUGUGAGAUAGUGUGAGUUGUUUGUGCGUGUGUGUGUGUGUGCAUUAUUACCUACGGUAUUAUCAAUGAUAAUCGUUGGAUAAUACAACGCCCUGCCCUGUGAUUCCCGUCCUCCCCUAUGUGCAAUAUUCUUUGGUUGUGAACGCACGCGCGUUUGUGUGUGUGUGCCAGUGUGUUUGAGUGUGUGCGACAAACCGCUCCAAACCCAGCUGUCGCACCAUUACGCUCGGCAGUGAGCUAUUUCGCGCCUCAUUAGUCCCUCGUUAGCAACGAGCCGUCGCGCCGACAAAGAGCGAGCGAGCGAUCGAGCGCCAACCGCACACCGACGCACACAUCAAAACCAUAACCCCGUCACCAUAGGGCCUAUCAGGGUGCAGCGCCAGGAGCCAGGUGCAGCGGUUCGGACGCAUCUUCACAACGGCCACGGCAACGGCACGAAGAUGAGUGACACCUGCGGCUCGAAGGUGAUCGAGUUCUACCAGGACUCGGUCGUGCUGAUCACCGGCGCGAGCGGCUUCCUCGGCAAGGUGCUGCUCGAGAAGCUGCUCCGCUGUCUGGAGGCGCGCAAGAUAUACGUGCUGAUACGCCGGAAGCGCGACUACAGUGCACAGAUGCGGCUGGAGCAGAUUCUUAAGUCGAUGUUAUUCGACCGUGUUCGGAACGAGACCAAGGCAGCGAAGGCCCUGUUCGACAAGAUCGAGGCGGUCGAGGUAAACUUCGAGCGGGACGAUCUCGGGCUGGAGCCGGCGCUGCGCGAUCGGCUCCGGCAGGAGGUGGAGGUCGCGUUCAAUCUGCUCGCCUCGGUCAACUUUAACGAGGCGCUCGACCAGGCGCUGGAAACGAACGUCGAGUGUACGCGGCGCGUGCUCAACCUGCUCAGCGGCGCCCGGCGCAUCAAGUCCGUCAUCCACGUGUCGACGUUCUACUCGAACUGCAACCGGACGCUGAUCGAGGAGAAGAUCUACGACGACAUCGGGUUCGGCGGGUACGACAACAUCAAGAGCACGUUCGCGAAGCUGCAGGACGAUCACAAACAGUUCCUGUCGCCGGUCGUGCUCGGCACCUUCCCGAACUCGUACACGUUCAGCAAAAAGUGCGCCGAGGUGGUGGUGCGCGACAAGUUCGGCCAUCUGCCGGUGGGCAUCUUUCGGCCACCGAUAGUGACCUCCAGCUACCGGGAGCCCGUACCUGGAUGGGUCGAUAACUUCAACGGUCCGAGCGGCAUGGUGGUGCCACUGUCCCAGGGGCUGUACAGUGCCGCCCUGCUCGAUCCCAAAAAGAAGCCGUUCAUCGUACCGGUCGACUUCUGCGUCAAUGCGCUGCUGGUAUGCGCGCACGACGUGAGCAAGUCGAGCGUCACCAAGAGCAUUCCCGUGUACAACUACACCGACGACUGCAACCUCUGGACCUGGGACCAGGUGAUCAACGGAUUCUUCAGCGGACUCGGACCAAUCCGGAAACUAGUGGCAAAAUACUUCACCGGCACAAUCACGGUCAACCCGGUGCGGUACGCAAUAUGCAAGCGAAUCAUGAUGUUCCAGGCCUUCUGUUUGGAUCUGAUCCGCACAUUCAGUGGAAAGGAAAAAAUUAUGCAACGAUUGUUCUCCAAGAUGGUGACGCUGAGCGAAGUGUUGCGCUUCUUCUGCCUGAACGACUGGAAGAUGACGAACGACAACAUCCGCCGGAUCAGCGACGAGAUGUCCCCGCUCGAGGCGGAGAUGUUCCCGCUCGACAUCAGGAAGAUCGACUGGACCGAGUACUACCGGAACUUUGUGCCGGGCGUGAUCAAGUACGCGGUGCAGCCGCGCAGCCCGCGCAGUCCCAGCAUCGCGGAGCGGAAGCUGAAGGAGUCGAAGGUGCGGGAAACGAAAAAGCUCAACAGCGGCCUGUUCUACCUGCUGUGGAGCUCCGUGUUUAUUAUUGCGCUGAAGAUAUUCAAAAACCUCUUCAACAAGGUGUGAAGAACUUUCCAACUCCAAGUACGCUUCCAAUUUAUUUAGGGUUCAAUUUAAGACGGAAAAUGGGACACGAACACACAAACCCACACAUACACAUAAAGACACACACACACACACACACACAUACAAGCUGCAAUCACAAGUACAUGCUGAUAAAUAGGGGUAGUAGGUAUUAAGGCAAAUGGCGCAGAAGUAUAGAGGUCCUGCCAAUAAAAGACACGUCGCAAAUUCACGUCGCCGCAAAUGCGCUUGCGCAACCAGCAAACGAGCCAGCCAGCGGGCAAGCAGCAACUAUUUACUAAAACGCAUAGUAAUCAAGCAACAACAACAAAAAACAACAUGCAUAACCGCGAAAGAAAGAAUUAUAAAAGUAAUGCAAGCAAACAAACAAACAAACAUAACGGUAACGGAAAACAUCAAACAACACGGAACAACAACAUCAACAAGACAACAACAUCAUUUAAAGUAUAGAAUAAUAAUUACAAGCAAAACAAAAACAAGAACAAAAAAAGAAGAAAACCAACAAAAACAACUUUGCCACUAGCUACGUAGAGCUAAGGAUACCUGAAGUUCAGUGACAGAGAUUUUUUUCCAACAAAUGAUAACGAUUAAAUUAAUUAAUGAAUAAAAUAAACAUUUUGUAGGCUUUUUUGUA